AUGUUUAAUCGUCUUGCAAGGUCCCAAUGGGGUCUGAUACAUGGACGGAUUAAUUCUGGGAGUGUGAGGGCCCACCCUUUAUUUUAUAGAGCUGCCUCAACCUAUAUUCGCAAGUCCAAUUCCAAGUCAAAGUCAACUGUUCAUCGGCAAAAGACUGAAGCCGAAGAAAAACUGGAAAAACAACUCAACUCCUCUAAUCGCUUUGUAAGAUGGGGGGCGAUUGCCAGAAGUGAAGAUUUCAGGAAAGGUAUGACCAAGUAUCUCAUAGGAGCGUACGUUUUGUUUCUGUUAUAUGGUCUUCAGUACAUGAAGAAAUUGUAUGCCAAAGAAAGAGAACUAGAAGAUCUGGAGGAGAGACAAGAGAAUGGAAUUGUCAAUGAAUAUGAGGAACUUAGAAUAAAGGAAUUACGGGGCAAGCUGAGAAGAAGAGAUGAAUCGAAAUUGCAAAAAUAUCAGCAACUUAUGGCUUCUGGAGAAACUAAUUUCGAUGGCUUGGUGUUUCCUGAGGCUGACACGAAUAAGACAAAUGCUAAAAUUUUACCCGCUCGCGAUACGACCAGCUUUUAUGAGCAGAAGGCGUCUGAAUAUGACGCCGGUGUAAAUUUUGAAGAAAAAGCCAUCUUUAUGGGUAGACGACGCAAAUGGUUGAUGCAACAUUGUAAAGGUGACGUUUUGGAAGUUGCCUCAGGUACUGGAAGGAAUGUCAAAUAUUUGGAUCCCGCACGAAUCAACUCGAUUACGUUCUUGGACUCUUCUCAAAAGAUGAUGGAAUUAACACAUGAAAAGUUUAAAAAACAACUUCCCAAUUUCAAGAAAGCCGCAUUUGUCGUAGGGAAGGCUGAAGAUUUGGUCCAGAUAGCGGGUGGUGACGCGGGGGCAAGUUCAGCUACUCUUGACGGAAUGGGCGACGUGAAAGUCAAAUACGAUACCAUCAUCGAAGCCUUUGGUCUUUGCUCACAUGAAGAUCCUGUCAAGGCCUUACAGAAUUUUGAAAAAUUGUUGAAACCAGGUGGCAGAAUCGUUCUUCUUGAACAUGGUAGGGGAAAUUACGACAUCAUCAAUAAGAUCUUAGAUGACAGAGCAGAAAAACGUUUGGAAACGUGGGGUUGCCGGUGGAACCUCGAUCUUGGAGAGAUUUUGGAUGAUUCUGGUUUAGAAGUGACAGAAGAAAAAAGGACCCAUCUUGGUACCACUUGGUGUAUAGUGGCAAAGAAGAAGGGGGAUCAAAGGACAACCGACGAAAUCGGGUUUUACGAAAAAUACCUGGGAUCAAGCAUCAAGAAUAAAAUAGAGGCUCAAAAGGAGCGUAAUCAGCAAGGAACUGACAAUUCACGUUAA